GGUGAAUUGCGGCCGUUGGUGAGAUGAUGCAGCGUCCUCUGCCUCCGCCGCCCCCCCGUUCGGCCAUCCACCAGCACCCGCCGGCGCCCUUGCAAAUCGAUACCCGCACGCCGCCACAGCCGGUGGGCGGGGUGGCCACAUGGCAGGGCACCAGGGACAGGCAACGAUUUGCCUCCAUGCCCGCAUCCUCUCCGCCACCCUUCCCGCCGCCCGGCCACAAUGUAUCCGGCGACCAGUCUCAGCCACACCCGCAGCAGAACUAUCAUCUCCACGGUGUGUCUGCCAGUGGUGGGUCGUCUCGAGAGAGGAGGCGCGAUCGAGAUAGAGAUAGAGAGAGGGAGAGGGAGAGGAGGGCCGAUGAGGUCAUGGAGAUGGCCAACCAGCACUCCCACAUCAAGAGUGAGGGGAGCUGCCUGAGCACUAACUGGACCACAAACGGCUUGUCAUCUCAUCUUCCUGUGGCUGUGUGUGUGUGUGUGUGCAGAUGCCCCUGCCCAUUUCCCGGUGCCCUCUCCUCCGUCGAGCACGCCGUCAUCGGGCAACCGCGAUAGGGACCUCGACCGGCGCACCACGGCCGUCCUCAGCGGCGUGUACCACCACCCGCUGCCCCUCCCUCUCGACCGCAAUAUCAGCGAUCCAUAUGACGCCGCAGCAGCGGAGAUGGCCCACUCCUCCUCCGCUCCCUAUGCCCAUUCUUACCAGCAGCAGCAGCAGCAGCACAUGCAGAUGCAGCAUCAUCCAUUCCCCCAUCCGCCCCCUCCGCCCCACCCUCCACCCACAUUGCCAUCACAGCAGCAGCAGCACCAGCCGAUCCCCCACCACCAUCCUCACACCCGCAACGUGGCGGCCGAGCAUGUCGUGAUGCCUUAUCCUGUGGACGAGGAGGCACAAGACAUCGAUACACCAUCAGCAGCCGCGGCAGGGAGGGCGAGGGCCCGCUGCCGCAUCGCCAACAAGGCCAUGAAGGCCUCGCCCUCACCCGAGAGAAGGCAGCAGCAAGACGCCUCCACGUCCACGCCAUCCCACCACCAGCAUCAGCAUCAGCAGCAGCAGCCCCCAGACCCCCCCCAGUCGCUGCAGGAGGGCCGCAUGAGCCGCAAGAAGAUCCAGAACCAGCCCAUUCGAAGGCGUCCAUCGCCUGUGGACACAUCGGCAGCGGCUGCACGACCACACAUGCCCCCUUAUCCCCACGCGGCCGGGGGUUUCUUCGCCACCAUGCUCAACGACAUCCGCGACAGGAUGGCCGACAGUGUGGGUCGGUAUACCGGGACCGGGGGCUGGGAGGAGGGCAUGCAGGGCGGCGGGGAGAGGGUGGUGUGCACCGACCCGGCCACAUCGGGCAGCCCCAGGCUGCUCGACGUGCCGGCAGACACCCUCAACAUCAACCAAGUGAGCGAGAAAGAAAGGAGGCAUGGACAGCACACCACACGGUUCCCUCAUCUGUCGCUCUUUCACAGAUUUUCGAGAAUGCCUAUCGUGUGGCUCAGCGUGAGAUCGCCGCCCUCCGCAAGGCCAGGGGCCGCAGCGUGUCACCAGUGCGUGGGCCGCGUGAUGGUGACGGCGAUGCUGGCCACGGCGGGAGCGACGCAGCCGCAGCAGCCGCAGCAGCUGAGCCGCCCUUGCCCGAGUGGGGGCCGACGGGCGACACCACAUACCUCCAGAUGCUGUAAGAAGCGCCACGCCACACCGAGCAACAUCGCAGCACACAUGUGUGGGUGUGUCAUGGAUACCGCAGGGACGAGGAGGUGCGACGCAGCAACCAGGUGGCCUCUCUAUCGUAUGCGAGCGACUCCGUCGAUAUCGAGGAGGGCGACUCGGCAAAUGCGGACGAGCCGGUGGCUGAUGGCGAGGGCGACACUCCAGCAGCAGCAGUGGCUGCACCUGGUGCAGCUGGUGAGACAUCCGCGGCAUCAGACCCCUUGCCCGACACCGAUCGCAUCACGAGCCUGCGGCCCAAUCGGCCGGAAGAGGACCCCUCGCUGCCCAGCCUCGAGCUGGUAAUGCACACUCAUCCAUCCAUCCAUCCAUCCAUUUAUCCGUCCCUUCUUGUGCUGUGUUGUGUUGUGGUUGUGUUGUUGUGUGUCAGUUCCUGGACCGUUGGUAUCAGCUGACGGUGAGCCGACCCGUGGCCCCAUCGGACGAGACGGAGGACUGGCCGCACGCCGACGGCCCCUCCUACCUGGAGCUGCUGGCGCAGGACCUCGAGUCAGCCACGGCCGCCAUCCCGCCGGUCCCACCAAUACACCCGGUGUUUUAUGGCGCGAGGGCGGCCUACAUCAACCCUAGCGCCAGCCAAAGGUGGGUGGGUGACCACAGAGAGAUGGAGAGACGGAGGGAGGGAGGGAGGGAGGGAGGGAGGGACAAUGGGUCGAUCACGUGUCCACACACCUUGCACCUCUCUCUCUGUGUCUUCGUGUGUGUGUGUGGUCAGCCUGCCGUCAUCUCCCUCGUCUGCCCCAAAGGGCCCCCCACAGGCGAUCCCUUUCCCAGUGCUCGCAGCCGCAGAGGCCCCGCUGCCGGCCGGCUGGGCAGUGGCGAUGCCCGCCGCCAUCCACCCGGACACCGGACACCCCUCCCGGCCCCUCGCACGGACGCUCAUCCAGCUGCAGCACCAGCAGCGGCUCUCGACCAUCCCUCCGCACCCCGUGUUGGCGCAGUCGCCGGAUGAGUCGGUCGCACAUGACGGCAGGAGGGUGCAGCGGGUGGAAAUGGGGACAGCCAUGCAGUGGCCGCCCGUCUGCAACGGUGAGUGAGCGAGGCAGCGGACAAGACACACACAGAGAGGAAAGGACUGCAAGCCCGAUGGGGUCUGUCUGCCUCUCUCUCUCUCUCUCUCUGUCUGUCUUUCCGUCUCAAGGCGUCCGCCCUCAUAUGGGGACUCCGUUCGACACGCCCUACCCCGAGCACUACGCCGGUCUCCGAGUGCGGCACCACACGACCGCCUCAUCGACAGGCAACAAACCCUCCCGCCCUCCCACAGACGAGUGUGAGGCCCUCAUCGCCAAUAACAACAAUGUUAGCGAUCCGGAGCAGCCCGCCCCGCCCCCCACUGACCCGGAGGUGCCUGUGCUGUCGGUGGGCAGUGGCAUCACACCAGACAGAGAGGGUGGUGGUGGUGGUGGUGAGAAGGAGAGCCAGAGGGAGAGGGGGAGGGUGGAGAAGGCGACGUCGCCCAUGUCGAUUGUCGGGCCUGUGGACACGGCUGUGGGUGUAGGAGUUGCGGAGCCGUUCGUGCGGUCCCAGUCGAUGCACGGCGGGGGAGACGGUGGGGGAGGGGGAGGGCACCCCAACUCCUCCACACUGCCCCGACAGACACCGGCAAUCCUCCCCCCUCUCAAUUGGGACUCCCCCGCUAUCCACGCAACAUCAGCAGCAGCACCAGCAGCAUCAGCCCCGCAGCACCCAUUGCGACAGCACGGCCAUCCCCUGCCCGUGUAUGACCCCAUGGGCGACAGGGGGCCGCCCUCUGCGAGGAGGAGGAUAUCGAAUCAGCCGCAUCGGCGCGAUGCUGCUGAUGCGGCCAAUCAGGCGUCUGUGUCAAUGUCGCCGACUGAGGGCGAUCGCGUGUCUGACCGCGGUGGGAGGGAGAGGGAGAGGGAGAGAGGGGGGCGGCGGGGUGCUGGGGGCGUCGUUGGUGGUCUGUUCCAGCUCUAUUUGUCGCGCACACCUGCUGACCUCACCGACGAAGAGGUCAGUCGAUUCGUCCGUCAACACAUGAGUGUAUGUCUCUCCCUCUGUGUCGGUUGGUCAGUUGGUGCAUCACGUGAGUCGUGUGUUGGAGCCGGUCGGCGGCCACGCCAAGCUCAUCAACCGCCCGAUGCUCGCCUCCCACAACCAGAUGAGCUCCAACCGCACCAACAGGACCACGCCCACCGACCGGCCCCUCUUCGCAUUCCUCACCGUCGACUGCGCCGCCAGUGCUGCCCAUCUCGUCAGGACCGGUCUCACCUGGCCAGACGGCACGCAAUCACGGGUCGAGUAUCGCAAGGAGCGCCCCAGCCGCUCGCACAAUCCCUCCCAGAGCCCCUCAUCGUCCGCCCAUCCCCACCCGGCAGCCCUGCCCUUGUUGAACAUGACGACAGGCAGCCAGACGAGCCUGAGCCAGCACUCUCUGUCGGUACACACACCGAGUGGCGGAGACGACACCACGUCGCACCUGAUCGCGGCCUACCCGCCCCCGCCGCCCCAUUUUCCCGGCAUGGGCAUGGCCAUGGGCGUGGGCGUCCACGGCAGGCGCAUGUCGGAUGUCAGCGUGGGCAUUGCCCCAACAGCGGCGUCCCAUCCCCAUCCCCAUCCCCACCACGCCAGCCUGGAUUUCCCCAACAGGCCGGCCGCGGCGAUGAUGGACCAUCAGCUGUACAUUCCCUCAACGAGCUCGUCAUUAUCCAACCUUCCCAUGGUUGGCGGUGUUGCAGGGCUGGGUGGCGGGACCAUGUCGCCAUCGAGCACGCCGACGCACGAGAUCGACGCGGCCACCAUGGGCAUGGGCAUGGGAAUGGGAAUGGGCAUGGGAAUGCCUGGCGGUCGGCCGUCGUUCCACCCGCCCCCGCCGCCACCACUGCAGCAAGUGCACGCGCACAGCUCGCCAUCGACUUCCCAGAGCGGUGGUGGUGGUGGUGUGGGUAAGAGGGGCCGGCGGCCUAGGGAGGACCCUCAUGCAGCAGCGGUCAUGCACACGGGCAUCAACCACCACCAGCAGGUCAGUAACUGCACACGCGGAUGGAUGGCCAAGUGAGAGGUUGUUCCUGUCUUCUGUGUCACACAUGCAGAUGGUGAUGGUCCCGAGCUACCCGUCUGCCCCUCUGCCCGACCUCACCGCGAUGCCCUUUGGCAUCCCUGCCCCCCAUAUGGUGCACGCGCCGAGCAUGCACCAUUCGGUCGACCAUGCCGCAGCAGCAGCGGCUGCAGCAGCAGCUGCUGCAGCAGCCAUGGACCCGCACGCACACCCGCACCACCCUUACAUGCCCACACAGCACCACCACCAGAAGAUAUCGCCCCAUGCGUCUGUCGCCCAUUCCCACCACGGGAGCGGCACCAUAGAUGCGGCGAGAGCGAUGGGCAGGGGCCUCGGGGUGGCACGGCAUGUGUCGGGUGGGUAUCCGGGCCAUGGCGGUGGUGGUCAUGGUGGGCAGCCGGGGAUGCCGCAGACACACAGCUUCUAUCGGUGAUUGAUCGAUCGACUGAUUAGCGGUGCAAGCGGUCUUUUUCUGUCGUCUUGUGUGUGGGGC